AUGCUCAAGUUUGCAAUAACCUUGUGUAUUUUGGCUGGAAUUUUUUUAAUUCCUAUUACAAAUGGUUUCUUUCUUACGAAAAAAGAAAAAUGUGAAGUAACAGCAUUUAAAGGAAAAGAUUUUAGUGGUGAAAAAAUUAUGGCACAUAAAUUAUUCCAUCCACAUUUAAAAUCAAUUGGUGCUGUAGCUAAAGCUUGCAAAGUACAAGUUCAUGUUACUAGUUCAUUCAAACAAUUAAAAACUCCAAAUGAUUUUGUAUUAACAUCUGAAAUGCCAUUAGCUGUUGGACAUGGCAUUCGUUUUGAUUUAAAAGAUCCAAAAGGAGGAACUUUAUGUAAUCCAUUAUGCAUGACAUCACAAUCAUGGAAAACACUUAGUGAAGCUAAUUGUUUUAUUACUGGUGUUCAAAAGAAAGGAAUUAAAUUUACACAACCAAAUCUUUUAGAUGAUGGUCAAGUAGGCAAAUUAAGUUCACCAGAUGCUGAAAAACUUAAAGCACAAAUACAAAAAUUAUGUGCACCAAAAGCACCUAAGGGUUAA